AGCCCGGGAAAUGAGUGUACAUCACACAGGGGACUCAGGUGCACAUUUGGAAAUAAAGAACAAGCAAGAGGCCAGAAAGGACAAAGUGGGAGUAGGAGACCUUAGAACUGGGGAGAGGGAGAGGGAGGGGACAUGUGGCAACAGCAGCUCAAGUGACUCAGGUCUCGUAUCCGCACCUCAGCCAUUUCCGCCUCCCCUACAAGCCACAGCCACUCUGCAAGAGGAAGCUGGGGUUUGUGGUUCCUGUUUUGCCUGGGAAGAAAGAGUAGCAGUGAAGAGGGGGCUGGUGGGAGCUCUGACACAUUUCGGCGUCAUUAACGCUUCCCCAGGGGCAGAAGGGGCCGGAUUGGUGGCUCUGGGGUGCAUCCCCUCACUUAUGAUUAGGCUUGCAAAAAAGAACUUGGCUAAACUUUAUAUUGUGGAUAUCUGUGUCUGCCUCCCACCUUCCUGUGACUUCCUUGAUGGCAGAUGCCAUGUAUGAAACACUGCUGAAUUUCUAGAGCCCUGCACGUUAGUAGGAUUCCAUUUUUCAUCAGCUGAGUGACCUGGGAGGCACACUAGAGAGGGCACAUUUCUUUUCUUUUCUUUUUUUUUUUUUUUUUUUGAGACAGUCUCACUCUGUCACCCAGGCUGGAGUGUAGUGGCGCAGUCUCAGCUCACUGCAACCUCUGCCUCCUGGGUUCAAGUGAUUCUCCUGCCUCAGCCUCCCGAGUAGCUGGGAUUACAGGUGCAUGCCACCACACCUGGUUAAUUUUUGUAUCUUUAGUAGAGACAGGGUUUCACCAUGUUAGCCAGGCUGGUUUUGAACUCCUGACCUCCACCUUGGCCUCCCAAAGUGCUGGGAUGACAGGCAUGAGCCACCACGCCCAGACGAGAGGGCGCAUUUCCAACUGCAUUCUGAAGGCCUGGUGGUGAGAAAGAGCAUAUAGAGGUGGCACAGCCCAUAGCAGAGAUGAGGCCAAGGACAAGAAGAGAAUGCAGGAUGCCGCUUUCCACCUAGAAGAAGUUUAAAACCUGCGGUUCCAGGGUUCUCCAGCCCCUCCCUUUCUCACGCUCCGAAGCCGAGAAGGCCCAAAGCGAAGACAGAGAGGACCCGGAAGUAGGGAAAACCUCUGAGCACGUGAUGGGGGAACACGCGGGUGCUGUCACGUGAUCCGACAAACGGCCUCUGCAUAGUGCAGAACAUUCUGCUGCUCUUAAAGACCCUCAUCCCUCCCGUGGGAGCCCCCUUUGGACACUCUAUGACCCUGGACCCUCGGGGGACCUGAACUUGAUGCGAUGGGAGGCUGUGCAGGCUCGCGGCGGCGCUUUUCGGAUUCCGAGGGGGAGGAGACCGUCCCGGAGCCCCGGCUCCCUCUGUUGGACCAUCAGGGCGCGCAUUGGAAGAACGCGGUGGGCUUCUGGCUGCUGGGCCUUUGCAACAACUUCUCUUAUGUGGUGAUGCUGAGUGCUGCCCACGAUAUCCUUAGCCACAAGAGGACAUCGGGAAACCAGAGCCAUGUGGACCCAGGCCCAACGCCGAUGCCCCACAACAGCUCAUCACGAUUUGACUGCAACUCUGUCUCUACGGCUGCUGUGCUCCUGGCGGACAUCCUCCCCACACUCGUCAUCAAAUUGUUGGCUCCUCUUGGCCUUCACCUGCUGCCCUACAGCCCCCGGGUUCUCGUCAGUGGGAUUUGUGCUGCUGGAAGCUUCGUCCUGGUUGCCUUUUCUCAUUCUGUGGGGACCAGCCUGUGUGGUGUGGUCUUCGCUAGCAUCUCAUCAGGCCUUGGGGAGGUCACCUUCCUCUCCCUCACUGCCUUCUACCCCAGGGCCGUGAUCUCCUGGUGGUCCUCAGGGACUGGGGGAGCUGGGCUGCUGGGGGCCCUGUCCUACCUGGGCCUCACCCAGGCCGGCCUCUCCCCUCAGCAGACCCUGCUGUCCAUGCUGGGUAUCCCUGCCCUGCUGCUGGCCAGCUAUUUCUUGUUGCUCACAUCUCCUGAGGCCCAGGACCCUGGAGGGGAAGAAGAGGCAGAGAGCGCAGCCCGGCAGCCCCUCAUAAGAACCGAGGCCCCGGAGUCGAAGCCAGGCUCCAGCUCCAGCCUCUCCCUUCGGGAAAGGUGGACAGUGUUCAAGGGUCUGCUGUGGUACAUUGUUCCCUUGGUCGUAGUUUACUUUGCCGAGUAUUUCAUUAACCAGGGACUUUUUGAACUCCUCUUUUUCCGGAACACUUCCCUGAGUCACGCUCAGCAAUACCGCUGGUACCAGAUGCUAUACCAGGCUGGCGUCUUCGCCUCCCGCUCUUCUCUCCGCUGCUGUCGCAUCCGUUUCACCUGGGCCCUGGCCCUGCUGCAGUGCCUCAACCUGGUGUUCCUGCUGGCAGACGUGUGGUUCGGCUUUCUGCCAAGCAUCUACCUCGUCUUCCUGAUCAUUCUGUAUGAGGGGCUCCUGGGAGGCGCAGCCUACGUGAACACCUUCCACAACAUCGCCCUGGAGACCAGUGAUGAGCACCGGGAGUUUGCAAUGGCGGCCACCUGCAUCUCUGACACACUGGGGAUCUCCCUGUCGGGGCUCCUGGCUUUGCCUCUGCAUGACUUCCUCUGCCAGCUCUCCUGAUACUCGGGAUCCUCAGGACGCAGGUCACAUUCACCUGUGGGCAGAGGGACAGGUCAGACACCCAGGCCCACCCCAGAGACCCUCCAUGAACUGUGCUCCCAGCCUUCCCGGCAGGUCUGGGAGUAGGGAAGGGCUGAAGCCUUGUUUCCCUUGCAGGGGGGCCAGCCAUUGUCUCCCACUUGGGGAGUUUCUUCCUGGCAUCAUGCCUUCUGAAUAAAUGCCGAUUUUAUCCAUGGA